AUGUUACUACAAGUAUUAUUACUUAUCGCAGCACUUAUCUUUCUUUAUUAUGGCAUACGAAAUUACUUGGAAACAAUUCAACUAGCUAAUCUUAAUUCUAAGGCAGUUUUCAUUAGUGGAUGUGAUUCUGGCUUUGGCUACUUAUUGGCUAUUAAAUGUGCAAAAAAUGGCCUACCAACAUUUGCUGGAUGUUUAACUGAAGAGGGAAUGCAAACAAUCAGAGAAGAAGCUAAAAAAACUAUCGGAAUGUUAAUUCCGGUACAAAUUGAUGUCACCAAAGAAGAUUCGGUUCAAAAUGCUGUCCGUUUUGUGCAAGAGAAUUUGGAUUCUAAAUUAAAAUUAUGGGCAUUAGUAAAUAAUGCUGGAUCAUUUGGAAUUUAUGGAUAUGAUGACUGGUGUAAGAUUGAGGAAUAUGAAAAAGAUUUGAGUGUGAAUACACUUGGCGUUAUUCGAGUUACACAUGCAUUUUUGUCUUUGCUAAAGCAAUCUCGUGGUCGAGUAAUAACAAUAACCAGUAUUUGUGGUCGUUUAGCAUUACCUGGAAUUGGCCCAUAUACUGUCUCAAAAUUUGCCACCGAGGCUUAUAUCAAUGUUUUGCGUCAAGAAAUGCGAGAAUUUGGUGUUCAAUGUAUAAUUUUGGAGCCUGGGCGCUUUCGGACCGGUCUUAUGGAUAAAAAAGCAAUGAUAGAUCGUAUCAGUCGUGUGUGGAAUCGUUUGGAUAAUGCUAAAAAAGCUGAAUAUGGUGGUGAAGCAUUUAAAGAAUUAUAUUGUGAACGUUCGUGUGAAUUUUUCAACGAUGGUGCAUCAACAUCAUUAAAUUUAGUAAUUGAUUCAUACUAUCAUGCGAUCACAGGCAAUUUUCCACGAUGUCAUUAUUGUCCCGGAUUGGAUUCGAUAUAUUUGUUACUUCUAUUACUUCCAACCAACAUACGAGAUUUUCUGAUAUGUGACUUAUACUCUUUCAUAACUGGUUGGCCACCAAAAGUAAUUCCAUCAACAUUUAAUCUUAUUAAUGGUUACUUCCUGUUAAAACACACUAUAGCUGAUUGGUUUAUGAAGAAAAUUAAAGGGAAUGAAAUAAUUUCAUAA